UGAAUUUCUUACACGUGCCACGGUGGUGGCAGUCGUUCGCCAACCGUGACAAAACGUGCGUGCUCCGGUUGCCUGGCUACGAGCGCACGGUGCAUGCCGCACUUGCAGCAGCGCGGCACGCAGGCUCGCGCACCGUGAGCGAUACCGCGCGGUGCAGGGAGGGUGGAGAAACGCAAGUGUUUCAGAGGAAGCGACGAGCGCGAGUAAAGCGAAAGAUGGCGAUGGCGCAGUAGUGAUGCAGUGCGAGCGAGUGCCGUCGUUGUUUGCUCCGAUCGUACCGCGCGUGAUCGCUCGCUGAGCGGAGCGCGGCCAAAUGACAUGGGAAUUUGCAGCAGAAGGCACUUUCUACUGACAAUAUGCAGCCUGCAACUAAUUACCACUAUAGAACGACAAGUCUUCGACUUUUUGGGGUUUAUGUGGGCCCCGAUACUGGUCAACUUCUUCAACAUCAUCUUUGUAAUUCUAGGAUUCUUUGGGGCCUUUCAGUACAGACCUAAAUAUAUCGUAUCGUAUUGUAUAUGGAAUACAGUAUGGCUAGGAUGGAACAUAUUUAUCAUAUGCUUUUACCUCAAUGUAGGAAUACUGGACAGAGAUAGCGAUAUACUUAACCUUGGUACCGGUAGCUUUUCAUGGUGGUAUGUGAAUGGACCAGGCUGCAAAGCUGUUUAUGAUGUGACGGAGCCAGAACUUUUUCGACCUGCACGACCUACUAAUGUAACAGACUGCGUGCUGGAUUACGAAGUGAUAGAAAUUUUACACGCCGCGACGCAAUGUCUCCUAGGUUUUAUGGCGAUUGUCGGCGGAAUUUGUCUCAGUAAAGUGUUCCUUGAGGAAGAUGAUAGCUUACGAACUAAACGAAAGAAGAAGCAGCCGCGGCCGCUGUACAGCAUCGAGUACUCGCAGCCCGAACCGCCGGUGCAGGAUGACAGCGUGUCGCCGAAGCCGAUGACGCCGCGCCGGGUGAAACGACGUUCCGUGAUCUCGCGGGACGGCACGCGGCGUUCCAGCACGCGGCGCAGCUCGGUGCGGCAGUCGCGACGUAAGAACCCGGUGAACCGCAUCAUGGACCACCAGGAGAGUCUUUACGCUAACACGAUCACACCGUGCAUCGGCAACCUGACGAACCAGAACGUCAGCACGCUGUCGCAUGGCACGCUCAACUAUGACCGGAUCGCGGUCGGUUGGGAUCGUGAGCGGAACGCUGACCGGAACUGGCAGCCGGAGGCGGUGAACAUUGCGGUGUCGUCGCCGAACCUGUGGUCACCGGCCACCCAGGACUCCUCCAACAAUUAUUCCUCGAACGCUUCGACCGGCUUCCCGGCCGGUCAGAGUCCUCCCGCUAAUUGGGACCAACAUCCGACCACCAGUUCGACUCGCAACCUCACCGACAACUGGCAAGCGUCGCCGGGCGAGCUGAAACCGAUGCAGUGGCACGGUCAGAGCAACCCUACGUUCCAGCAGACCAGCACGCAGAGCCUGAACGGCGAGGACAUGGAUGAGCUGUAUAGCAAUCGACCGGCUAGCGCUAGGUCCAGCUACAGUAAUUAUCACGGUGUCAGGGCGACGCCGCAGGUUCCCAAUCGCACCGACGUUGUCAGACAGAGUCAGCGACAGUUCGUGCUGAGCGGACCGCCCGCUUAUCAGGAUACUGUGAUCUGACGAUGAAGCGACUUGGGGAAGCCUCAGGGUUACACCUCGCGUUGACGGCGAUGCCGAGAGAUAAUGAAUUGCAAGCGAUUAAAUUGGUCUCUUACACAAUCGUCUGCUAUCUGUCAGAGAUACAGUAAGUGAGAUAAUUGAUCAUAGGUAGAAUGUGUGAUAACGUUCAUCCUCGAGAAUAUAAAUGAAAAUGGCAUAUUUUUGAUAGCGCUAGUCGCGCAUGCGAUGCCUUCGAUUCAAAGAAAGAGAAAAUAACAAAGAUUUAAAGAAAUCGCAGCGAUGUAAUACCUAACGUAUUACUUUCCUAUCAUCGGCGUUUCAAGAUGUAAUAAUUUCAAACGGUUGUUUUAACUGUCUCAUUAAUUACAUCACAGUUAAAGCGGUUGUUUGACAGUAUCUGGAACUCGUGACGGGAAAAGGAACUAACAAUAAGCAUCGGGAUUUCACCGAUUUUAGAGCUUUACUCGACACCCAUGGAUGCGACAGAUCUCUACUAGUGUUGCAUCGUAUAGUGUAUAAAAAGUAAAAGUAACGUUUAUAGGCAACUUUACUUGAAGACUCGAAGAGCAAUUGUUCGCUCUCUUUGGUCGUUUCGCAAUAUUAUGUUAGAAAUAUCCAAGUGGUAUACGUUUGCAUCAUUGCCGAUUUAGUUUAGAUGAUAAUCGACGGUAAAUCUGUACAGUUGACGUGAUAUGGGAUUUUAUCUUGAGAACGGCGUAAGUUAGCUUUUAGAUAAUCUUUACAGUUAACUCGAUUCAAUGCCCAGAUCUUGCAAUACGUAAGGUACUUAAGCUGAAUAAGGUCUACUUAAUUUAUUUUAUAUUUUACAAACUUUAUUAGAUAGCGUUUAAAAAGAAUAGAAUUUUAAAAACUGUAUUUUUGAAGGCUCUCUUCAAUUUUGAACACCCAAGAAAGAAUAGCGUUUAGAUUAAAAGUAUUAACUUUUCAAGCGGUAAAGGAUAUUUUAGCUUUAAACAGUUUAAUAUUUUAAAUCUAAACACCGCUUGGGAGUAAAAAUAUUUUUAAGUAUUUAUGAAGUGAAAAUAGAAAUAAAACGUUUUAAAAUCUUAAAAUAAAACACUUUCCUUUUGAAUGUAAAGUUUUUAAGAAACAAAGAUAAAAGAAAGUUUAAAAAAUAAAUUAUGUAAGCCUUAUUCAGUUCAGAUACUUUACAUUAAACUUACGUUACUUACAAGGUAGACACUGAAGAUUGCCUUCACUCUCAGGAUUGAUCUAUUUGACUGAUGUGUACUUAAGAAUUUUAAAGCAGAUCAAAAUCUUACAAUUAACAGCGUUAGAAUUUUUACGCGACAUACUUCCUUUUAUUUCUCUUUUCUCGUUGUUAAAAGGUUUCUUAGAAACUCUACACAUUUAUCAUUCUCAUCCUAUUUAUAUCAUAGAAUUAAGAAUCUUCUUGUUGUACGCAUAAAAUCAAAAACUUUCUCAUCGCAUUAUAUGUAUAUAUAGAUUUAUAAUCUUUUAUCUCGAAAGCGUAUUAUCGACAACACUAUACAAUCACUCAAUUUUAUUUAUAAUUGUUUUUCUAAGUGCGACCAGCGACUUAAGCUAUUUUUAAAUGGCAAUACGAAAUAAACAAAAUAUUCGCCUUUGUAAGAUGUUUGCGAUAUUUUUGAGUCAACUUUUUACACGAUUUGUACACGAUUUGUAUUUGGACAUUUAAGUGUAUGUUCGAGCAUACACGGCUAUGCUGUAGUCUUCCAAAUCUUAGAAGAUAAAAAUUAAUGCGAUACACCUUUGAGUGCAUUAGCGACUGAUAUUAAACUCAUAGAAUAGUAAUGAUGUACAAUACUAUACCGCGUGCAAUACUACGCGUAUGAAAUACAAUAUCAGUGUACACAUUUGUAUAAUGUUACGAAAUCUCUGGCGAAAAUGUUUUUUAGAAUUCUUUGUAUGAUUUUAUAACAUUUUAGAAAUUUUCUCAGAUUUUUGUAAUAUAAAUUGAAGCAUUCAAAAGUGUGUUGAGGGAAAGUCUAUAUCUUGUCUAAAAUUUUUUUUACACAUGUAUGAUUUCUGAAAUAUUCUAAGAUUUUCUCUAUAAUUUUUUAUUUUUAAAUUUUUAAAGAAAAUUUAUAAAAUUUGAAGAAAAGUUUAAAGUAUUUUUUUUUAAUUUUUAUGAAUUUAAAGUAUAAAAUAUUCUUAAAAGCAUUGCGAAACAUAUGAGCAUGUUUUUCACUAGGGAUACUACAAUUAUAUGAUAUUCGUAUAUUCCGCUGAGAAAUUAAAAUUAACUUUAAUGCGCCUAAGCUAAUUCCAUUUAAAUUACGUGUAUAUCAUUUUCAAAUACUCUUAUCUGUAGGAUUUUGAUAGAAAAUUUGAACUUUUCUAGAGUGCCAAAAGUCAUUUUACUAAUAAAAUUUUAACUUACUUUCACUACCUACUGUCAUAAAAAGACGGUGAUUAUCAAAACAAUAAAUUAAGAUUUUUUAAAUUACUUUAUUAAUUAAGGAAAUUUGGCAAAAUAAGCUUUUCUUCGUCUAUUAAUUAUAUAUCACCUUUUUUAUUGUUUAUAUCUUUCAUGCUGUAAGUGUUGGCUCGUAAUAAGUGCGUCGAGAAUUAGGGAGAGGAGAUAGAAACCAAAGUAUUAAAUAUCAAUGUACGAGUAAGAUCGAUCAAUUUUAAAACUGCCUCACUCCUGUUCUGAUUAUUGUACAAUCUAGAAUUAAUUCUGAGACUUGGGUCAAAUAAAACGCAAGUGAGUUACUUUAUUCUGGUUACUUAUAAGAAUCUUAUAGUUUUCUAAUUACGCGUUAAGUGAACGAUUACACUUACAAAUGUAGUAGAAUAGCUUCAGGGCAGCUACGUUAUCGAUCGCAAAGCACAUAUAGCGUAAUUAUAUCGUUGCACUUUGUUUCAUUGAAAUGACUUCUCGUAUGUCAGUUCGCAUUACAUAUCACAUCAUGCAAUUUUUAUUGAUGGAAAUUUGAUGUAAUAAUUGUUUGGAUUACAUGCAUUAUUCAAUAUAAGAGAUCACAUUCGAGAUUUAUAGUUAUUAUAUAAUAUAUUAUAUUAUUGUGUAACACAAUUGCAAGACAAUAAACGAUAAAUGUUCAUUAUCCUAA